UCCUCCAUGGCCAAUCCUGGCUCUGCAGACAGAACAGCCCAGAAAAGAAAGUUCCCCAGCCCCCCACAUUCUUCCAAUGGCCACUUGCUGCAGGACACCUCUACAAGCCCCAUUAAAAAUAAAAAGAAGCCCAGCUUACUGAGCAGCAACAGCAAGAAGCAGUCAGAACUAAGACAUGGUCCGUUUUACUAUAUGAAGAAGCCACUCACCACAGACCCUGAUGAUGUUGCACCACAGGAUGGACGGAAUGAUUUCUACUGCUGGGUUUGUCACUGGGAAGGCCAAGUCCCUUGCUGUGAGCUCUGUCCCCGGGUUUAUCACACUAAGUGUCUGAGACUGACAUUGGAACUAGAGGGGGACUGGUUUUGUCCUGAAUGUGAGAAGAUUGCAGUAGCAGAGUGCAUUGAGACCCAGAGCAAAGCCAUGACAAUGCUCACCAUUGAACAGCUCUCCUACCUGCUCAAGUUUGCCAUUCAGAAAAUGAAACAGCCAGGGAUAGAUGCAUUCCAGAAGCCCGUUCCCUUGGAACAGUAUCCGGGCUACGCAGAAUAUAUUAUCCACCCCAUGGACCUUUGUACACUGGAAAAGAACGCUGAAAAGAAAAUGUACGGCUGCACGGAGGUCUUCCUAGCUGACACCAAGUGGAUCUUGCACAACUGCAUCAUUUAUAACGGGGAGUCGAGCAUCAGGCUUCGGGGGACCGAGGACACUGUGUGCGCAUGGCCGUGGCGUGUGAACGGGGCCAGUGCGACCUGCAUGAUGAAUGAAAUUGAAGUAUGUCCAGAAUGUUAUCUAGCUGCUUGCCAAAAAUGAGAUAACUGGUUUUUCGAGCCUUGUAGCAAUCCACAUCCAUUGGUCUGGGCAAAACUGAAGGGGUUUCCAUUUUGGCCUGCAAAAGCCCUGAGGGAUAAGGACAGGCAGGUCGAUGCCCAUUUCUUUGGAUAACACAACAGGGCCUGGGUUCCAAUAAAUAAUUGCUACCUCAUGUCUAAAGAAAUUCCCUUUUCUGUGAAAAAGACUAAAAGCAUCUUCAACAGCGCCAUGCAGGAGAUGGAGGUCUACGUAGAGAACAUCCGCAGGAAGUUCGGGGUCUUUAAUUACUCUCCCUUCAGGACAACCUACAUGCCCAAAAGCCAGUACCAGAUGCUGCUGGAUCCCGCCAACGCCGGAGGGCAGGCCAAGACGGACAAGCAGGAGAAGGUCAAGCUCAAUUUCUACACAACGGCCUCGCCCAAGAUCCUCAUGAGCAAGCCCCUGUUGGGCGCCGGCUCGGGCUGCCUCAUCUCUUUGCUGGACAUGCCAUGCUCGCCCAUGAGCACCAACUCUUCGGUGCACACGGGCUCCGACGUGGAGCAGGAUGCCCACAAGAAGGCCACCUCCAGCCACUUCAGCGCCAGCGAGGAGUCCGUGGACUUCCUGGACAAGAGCACCGCCUCACCAGCCUCCAUGAAGAUGGGACAGGCAGGGAGUCUGUCCGGCAGCCCAAAGCCUUUCUCCCCGCAAGCGUCUGCGCACAUCAUGAUGAAAAUGGACAAGACAUCCACCACCGGAAGCCUCCUGAACCUUAACCUGGAUGGUAGCAAUGCCGAGAUGGACCUGAAGGAUCUGAGUGAGUCCAUGCAGCAGCAGUCCACCCCGGCACCCCUCAUCUCCCCCAAGCGGCAAAUCCGCAGCAGGUUCCAACUGAAUCUCGACAAGACCAUAGAGAGCUGCAAAGCACAGUUAGGCAUCAAUAAAAUCUCGGAGGACGUGUACACGGCCAUGGAGCACAGCGACUGGGAGCAUUCCAAGAUGUCGGAGAGUAGAGACAGUAAGUACCCCAGUGACAACGAGCAGAAGUCCAAGAAUGAGCCAGAAGACGCGGAGGACAAGGAUGGAAGCACGCUGGACAAGGAGCCACCCGCUGCCAAAAAAAAGCCCAAGCCCGCCAACCCCAUGGAGGUCCCUGAGGAGCUGAAAAGGUCUCCAGUCAGUGAGAAGGAAGAGCCCACAGCCGCGAAGGCCAACCCGGAGCCCAAGAGGGACCCUGCCAAGAGAGCAAAGCCAUCCCUGCAUCCUGCCAAGGACAAACUGAAGGGCAAAAAUGAGAUGGUUUCGAUGGUGCACUUGGGCCUGGACUUGGAUUCAGAGAGUGAAGUUGUCAUAGAUUUGGGAGACGACCAUCCUGGGCGGGAGGGCCGGAAAAAUAAGAAGGAACCCAAAGAGCCACUUCCCAAGCAGGACGUCAUCGGUAAAGCGCCACUGUCCAUGACUUCGGGCAGCCGGUCUCCCCCCGAGAUGCCGGUGCUCACCCGCUCCUCCUCCCAAAACCCCGUGGCCGGCAUCCCGGCCAACACCAGCACAAUGUCCACUGUCACAGGAAGCCUGGUGAAAAAGCAGAGGCCGCUCUUACCAAAGGAGACUGCCCUGGCCGUGCAUCCGGUCGUGUGGAACUCAUCAAGUAAAUUUCAAACUUCCUUCCAAAAGUGGCACAUGCAGAAGAUGCAGCAUCAUCAGCAGCAGCACAGCCAGCAGCAGCAGCCUCAGUCUUCCCAGGGGACGAGAUAUCAGACCAGACAGGCUGUGAAAGCUGUCCAGCAGAAGGAGGUCACACAGAGCCCAUCCAUGUCCACCAUCACCCUGGUAACCAGCACACAGCCAUCCCCCCUGAUCAGCAGCUCUGGCUGCACAAGCACCCUCACGUCAUCAGUCAGCGCCGACCUGCCCAUUGCCACCGCCUCGGCCGACGUCGCCGCCGACAUCGCCAAGUACGUGAGCAAAAUGAUGGAUGCCAUAAAAGGAAUGAUGACAGAAAUAUACAACAAUCUUUCCAAGAACACUACUGGAAGCACAAUCGCUGAGAUCCGCAGGCUGAGGAUCGAGAUCAAGAAGCUGCAAUGGCUGCACCAGCAGGAGCUCUCCGAGAUGAAGCACAACCUGGAACUGACCAUGGCUGAGAUGCAGCAGAGCCUGGAGUGGGAGUGGGACAAGCUCAUUGCCAAGGUGAAGAAGCAGCUGGAGCUGGAGAAGCAGCAGGCGGUGGACGAGACCAAGAAGAAGCAGUGGUGUGCCCACUGCAAGAAGGAGGUCAUCUUCUACUGCUGCUGGAACACCAGCUAUUGCAACUACCCCUGCCAGCAGGCCCACUAGCCCAAGCACAUGAAGUCCUGCACCCAGUCAGUUACCACCCCUAAGCAGGAAGCAGACACCAAGGUGAACACAGAGAUUGGGAACAAGCCCUCCCAAGGGGGCUCCUUCAGCACCCAGCACCUGGACACAACCAGUGCCUCCAAAGAGAAGGAGCCAUCAGCUGAGAAGAGCAAGGACAGUGGCUCGACCCUCGACCUUUCUGGCUCCAGAGAGAUGCCCUCCUCCGUUCUCUUAGGCUCCAACCAAUGCUCUGUUAGCAAAAGGUUUGACAAGCAGCCUGCCUCUACCCCAACCACCACAGACCACCAGCCGCACCCCAACUACCACGCCCAGAAGUACCAUUCCCAGAGUAGCAAGUCCAGUUGCUGGGGCAAUGGUGAAGAGAAGCGAGGGUUGGCCCGCUCCAAGCUCGACCCCGGCUCCAGCGCCAAGAGCCUCAUCCCGAAAGAGUCUUGGCUCGAUGCCUUCUGGGACUAG